AUGGAUAAUUUAUUAGUUUCAUAUAAUGACAGCGAUGAAAGUGAUGUUGAAGAGAAUAUAGAAUCUUAUAAAAAUGAAUUAGAAUCAAGAGCAAGCACAAUUUUAAAAGAAUCAAUUGAAAAUCACGAAAUUUCAAUAAAUGAAAAUGGUGAAAUAACAAUUGAAUUAAAUAAACACAAUAAUAAUAAUAAUAAUAAUAAUAAUAAUAAUAAUAAUAAUAAUAAUAAUAAUAAUAAUAAUAAUAAUAAUAAUAAUAAUAAUAAUAAAGUAAAUGAAAUUAAUAAUGUAAAUAGUAAAAAAAGAAAUAUAGAUUCACUUUAUAAAGAUGACUCUGAAACAACCACCACCACAACAACAACAAAUAAUGAAGAAAAUAAUACAAAAAUUGGAAAGAUUGGAGAUAUUUGUAAUGUUUGUACUAUAGAGAAAUCAAAAUAUAAAUGUCCAGGAUGUUCAAUUUUAUUUUGUUCAUUAAUAUGUUCAAAUAAACAUAAAAUCGAUACAAAAUGUACAGGUGUUAGAAAAGAUAAUCAUUUUAUACCUUUAAAUAAAUUUAAAGAUUCUGAUAUUGUAAAUGAUUUUAACUUUUUAGAUAAAAUUAAUAGAGUAAAUGAAAAUGGUAAAGCAAUUGUUGCAAAUUCUUUCAUUAAAUUUAAAUCUAAACAUUUACAACAAUUUGCAUUUAGAAAAAAUAUAAACCUUUAUAUCAUGCCAAAAGAAAUGUCAAGACAUAAAGAAAAUACAACUUCUUUUAAAAAACCUAAAAAUUUAUUACUUUGGAGAAUUGAAUGGUUAUUUUUAGAUGAUGAUUUUAAAUGGUCAGAUCCAUCAAUUCAAGAUUCAAUGAUAAUGAAUGACCUUUUACAAAAACAUAUUGAUGAUCCUGUAAAUAUAUAUAACCUUAAAAAUAAUUUAAAAAAAUUAAAUUCAAAUAGAGAUUAUAGAAAUCCAAAUGAAAAUUUCACUGUUUUAAUGAAAAGAGAAAGAGAUUCUAAAAAUCAAUACUAUAGAUUUGAUUUAACAAAAACAUUUGAUGAGAAUUUUCAAUUUAAAGAGAUAAUAGAAUUUCCAACAUUACUAGUAUUUACAAAUAAUUCAAAAAAUUUAUCAAAUUAUAAUAUUAUUUCAUUGGAAGAUCAAUCAAUCAUUGAAAAACAACAACUAGAAAUUAUAAAAGCAAACCUUUCUUUUAAAACUAAAUAUGACCCAAAUUUAACAAAUACUGAGGACCAAUCAAAAAGAUUUAAACCUAAUAAUAACAAUAAUAAUAAUAAAAAUGGUAAUAAAAAAAAUGAUAGAUUUAAAAAUAAAAAUAAUAAUAAUAAUAAUAAUAAUAAUAAUAAUAAUAAUAAUAAUAAUAAUGAUGAUAAUGAUAAUAAUAAUAAUAAUAAUAAAGAUAAUGAAUAA